CGCCUCGCUGCUGUGACUGAGCCCGCGCGGCUGGUUAGAGCCAAUUUGUGAAAUGGGUGACUCUGAAGAUGAUGAGACCCCCCAGCUUUCUGCCCACACCUUAGCAGCUCUCCAGGAGUUUUAUGCUGAACAAAAGCAACAAAGUGACCUUGGUGAGAAUGAUAAAUAUAACAUCGGAAUAAUAGAAGAAAAUUGGCAAUUAAGCCAGUUUUGGUAUAGCCAGGAAACUGCUUUGCGACUUGCACAGGAAGCCAUUGCUGCUGCUGGAGAAGGUGGCAGAAUAGCAUGUGUGAGUGCCCCCAGUGUUUACCAGAAACUCAGACAGCUGCACAGAGAAGACUUUUCAAUAUACAUAUUCGAAUAUGACAAAAGAUUUGCUGUAUACGGAGAAGAGUUUAUCUUCUAUGAUUACAAUAAUCCAUUGGAUUUACCCCCCAAAAUUGCUGCUCAUAGUUUUGACAUCGUAGUAGCAGAUCCUCCCUAUCUUUCUGAGGAUUGUCUCAGAAAAACAUCAGAAACCAUCAAGUACCUGACUCAAGGCAAGAUCCUGCUGUGCACAGGGGCCAUCAUGGAAGAACUGGCAGCAGAACUCCUUGGAGUGAAGAUGUGCAAGUUUAUUCCAAAACAUACCCGAAACCUGGCAAACGAGUUUUGCUGUUAUGUGAAUUAUGAAUCUGGGCUAGAUUGUGGUCUCUAAAUACAGGGAGUAAUACAAUACAAACAGUAAAGGGCCCCUGGCACAUUUCUCCUCUUUUUUUAUUUUCCUCUUAGAUUGAAAAGUCAUGCCCUUCUGCCCUCCCCACCAAAUAAGAGCCGUCCUUGGCCUGAUUUUCAAAAUAAGAUCACAACCUGUCAUUGUUUCCUUAAGGAGAACAACUCUUAUAGCUCUGUCUUCUGCCAACCUGAAUCCAUGGAAUUAGAGUUGGAAGAAACCUUAGAAAC